ACUAGCUUAACAUUCCAAUUGGAGGACAGCUGAUACGGUGACCUCGACUGGCCGUCAAAGUAGUUAUUAAAAGUGAGGCAGAUCGGCCCCCGUGUCAGUCCAACCAUAAUCGCCAUGGAGAAAGGAGAGAAGCCCAAGUCGUCGCUGCCAGGCCUGUGGAAGUACCCGUCCCUCCGCGAUGUGCCGCUGCACUCCGGAGGACUGUGGCUGCAGGGCCGGCGCGAGGACGACGGCGCCGAAGGCUUGUGGCGCGUCCACGACCGCCUCUACGACCUGGCCGGCUGGGAGAAGUCGCACCCCGGCGGCUCUGACUGGAUCACACUCACCAAGGGAACGGACAUCACAGAAGCAUUCGAAGCACAUCAUGUGCGCAAUGUUGCGGAAACCAAGCUGAAGGACUUCUACGUGCGAGACGCGAAAACGCGGCGCAACUCGCCGUACGUCUUUGAUCCGAAAGGCUUCUACUGCACGCUGAAGGAACGCGCACGCCAGGCGCUGGCGAACGAGAAGUACGUCGGCUCCACAGGCACCGUCUACUCCAAGCUGUUGGCAGACUUCUUGGUGACGUCGAUGCUGACGCUGAGCGUGUUGGCUGCGUGGACGCAGAGCUACCUGGUGGGCACCUUGGCUGGUCUGAUGCUCUGCUUCACUGUCAUCUGUGCGCACAACUUCACUCAUAUGAAGGACAACAUUCGCAUGUACUACCUCGAUUUCUCCAUGAUGUCAUCCAGAGACUGGCGUAUUAGCCAUGUUCUGAGUCAUCACCUCUACCCCAACACGCUCCUUGAUCUGGAACUGUCUGUGUUUGAACCUCUGUUCAACUUCUUCCCAUUUGAAGAGAAAAAUUUCAUUGUCCGUUACGGAAGCUGGUUCUACGCUCCUUUGGUGUGGACGUUUAGUUUCCACGCUAGCUUCGUACGCAGGAUUCUUGACAGAUUUAUUGGCAGUGGGCUCGAAAUACGGAAAGCAGAACUCAUACCUCUGAUAAUACCUGCAUCUAUGAUCUUUAUCGCUGGAGCGUCAGUGAAAGAUGCUGUUUAUAUGUGGGUGUACAUCACACUUUCUGCAAGUCUGUUUUUCAACUUCAUUGGAAUCACUGCUGCUCACCACCAUCCAGUUAUUUUCCACGACGGAGAUACCCCAAGGCCUGACAUGGACUGGGGUGUUCAACAGCUGGAUGCAGUGAGGGACAGGCCCGUCAUAUCCAGCUCGGACCUCCUCGCUCUUACGUUCUUCGGCCAUCACGGCCUACACCAUCUGUUCCCUACAAUUGACCACAGAUUCCUGCACAAGCUCUACCCAGCGUUUCAGAAGACCUGCGCCGAGUUUGGGGUUAAGUACGACGGCCUUGGUAUCGGUGAACUGAUUCGUGGCACCUACAUACAGGCUGCGAAAAAUAAGCCCAACACAGUUCCCCCAGGUUUUGGCAAGCAUUAAUUCUGAAGAUGAUGUAAGAAAUAAAAAAAAGAAAGAGUUACUGUGCUCACUUUAAAGCGUGUGUAUUGAUUAUUGGUGCUACUGCUGAUAUGAAAUCUUUUUUUGUGGUAGCGAUAAAAUGAAUCGAGUACACUAAUUUUGUGGAACGUAAUUCAGAUGAUGUCGCUGUUCUGUUUUCUCAUCGGUAAUGAGCAGUGUAGUGGGAUAAUGAUUUCACGAAGAUAUAUUUGCUCAAAGAAAUGCAUAAGACUGAAGAAAUGUAAAAAAAAAAAAAAAUAA